UAUUGGUAAACCGUGUUUUUCCUCUGUUUUCUCUGCACUUUUUCAAACUUUCUCCUCAAACGGCUCUUUUGAUCCCAAGAUCGACAACGGCUCUUUCUGAUCUUUGGAAUUUUUGAUCCCAAGAUCUUUGGGUUUUUUACAAUUCUGGUACUACACAGCUGCGCCUUCACUGCAAUAUCCACAACAUUCCAAGCAAUGAACAUAUUUUGUGAAGCUGUCGUGCGCGUCUGAAGAUGGCGAAUGUUGUGGUGGACGGUUCUUUUGGUGAUGCCCAGAAAAAUGUGUUUGAUUCAGGGGCAUUUGUGGGGGACUUGACUUUUGAAGAAGAUGCAAGUGGGAUGUUAAUGAGAUGAUGAAUCAAGGAGGCAAUACUCAAACCAUGGCUUCACUUGACCCUAAUUUGGUUGAGUUUUUGAUUCUAGUGGAGGGGAGCAAUAAUUAUUUGGUUCAGAACUUUAGCCGAAUUCAGUUUCUUCUUGGAUCCAAGUUGGAUAUAUGAAAAAGAAUUGUUAUGUUGUUGAUGCCAAUGACAAACAUCAUAUCUUCCCUCAACAACUGCAUCUGGAGUUGUGUCAUGGAAUAUGCAUGGUGUGGAUAAUCGCUCCUUAGAGAAUGGGAUUCUUCCAAAUUCCACUUAUCACCAUGAGCAUCACACAGAACCACUUGUAAGGAAUGUUCAAGAUGGAGAAAAUGCGACAUCUGUAGCAAGUUCAUCAAGUUUAGGAGCAACUGCUGUAUCACAAGAUUACAUUGGCUGGCUAUACACUGUACUCGAAUUCUAGUAAUCCAUAUAGUUAUGGAAACACAGGAUACCCAGGUUACUAUAGCAGCUAUCAGCAGCAACCUAACCAUUCAUACUCCCAACCCGUAGGAGCAUAUCAAAAUACAGGUGCUCCUCAUCAGCCUAUUUCUUUGUUUCUGAAUUCAGGGUCUUAUCCUGGUCCUGCAAGUUAUUCAGGCGCUUACUACCAUCUUGGUGAUUAUCAAAAAGCUGGAAGUUAUCCAAGUAGCGGUUACAAUAAUCAGACGAACUCAUGGAAUGAAGGCAGUUAUGAAAAUUAUAAUUCUCAUCAAUACUCAAACUAUCCUACAGAGGCAAUUGGCACUUACAAUUCUGGUACCAUAGCUGCGCCUUCACUGCAAUAUCCACAGCAGUACAAGCAAUGGACAGAUUUUGAACGUGAAUUCGUUUCGAUUCUAGGUAAAGCUGUUGUGCGCAUCUGAAGAUGGCGAAUGUUGUGGCAAACCAAGUGGGUGGUUCUUUUGGUGAUGCAAAUGAUGCCCAGAAAAUUGUGUUUGAUUUAGGUGCAUUUGUGGGGGACUUGACUUUUGAGGAAGAUGCAAGUGGUGAUGACAUUGGAAGGACUUUAGAAGGAGCUUGAAGAAUGUAAAAACUAUGAUGUAGUUGAAAACAUAUUGUCUAAAGGUACAACACUAAGGGAGUACAUGAAGGGGGUUGAGAAUGAUCUACGGCAAGUUGAGGUUGAUUCUAUUCAGGAUUAUAUUAAAGAAGUGAUAACUUGGUGUCCCUUCAUGAUCAAAUUCGUGAUGGCGAUGCCACUGUCACAGAUGGAGACUCUUCUCAGUGGUUUUCAGUCUGAGAUUGGUUCUAUAAGUUUAGACAUAAAAAUACUCCAGGAGAAGUCAAUGGAUUUGGGUUUGAAGCUGAAGAAUCGCAAGGUGGCAGAGUCAAAACUAGCAAAAUUUGUUGAAGACAUUAUAAUCCCUCCAAGGAUGGUAGAUAUAAUUGUUGAAGGAGAGGUUUUUGACUUCAUUGUCCAGAAGCUUUAUGCAUUGAGAAAACCCAAAACAAACAUUCAGAUCCUUCAGCAGAAUGUUCUUCUUAAAUUCAAGUUUUAAGUGCACAUUUCCGUGUUUAUAUACAAGUGUUGGAGAAACUCCAGUUAGAUAUGGCAACAUAUAGUGAUUUUAUUGGUGUAGAGACUAGAAGCACUAGUCUUUUUUCAAGAUGAAGAGAACCACUGAGGAGUCGUUCUGCUGUUUUUGCUCUGGGGGAUAGGAUCAACAUUUUAAAGGUUCAAUUUUAUUUAACUCACUGUGAAAUAUUCUUUGCCCUGAUAUUAUGGAUUAUAUGUUUAGUUUCUCACUUGAUCGCAUCGUAAAUCAAAUGUUAGUUGUGAUCUUUGUUCACUGAUUGUUUUGCCUUAGCUUUUUCUUGGGAAUAUUUCAGAAAAUAUACACUUAUGAUUCUUAUUCCAAUUUAUUGGAUGGGCUGUCUUUGUUA